AUGAAAUUAUACAGCUUCUAUUUCCUUUUGGGAGUAUCAUGGACGACCUGCGUUCUAGGAGAGAAUAUUAGAGGUGCUACCAGAUUCACAGCUCCUCGUAGUCUUCAAGAAGCCAACGCUACAAUAGUAGAUGAAGUUCAAUUCGCCGACACCAACACUACCACCGUAGAAAAACCUGCUGUGGAAGUGGUUGCCGCUAAACAUCACCACGAUUACUCGGCAAAAGACUUUGAAUACGUGUCCACCAGACCAUCUUCCAAGGGUUCAAAGAAAAAUGGACAAGCAGGAGGGCACAGUGGAAAAGGAGGAAGUGGCAAGGGUUCAUCGUCUUCGUCAAAAGGAAUGAGCGGAAAGGGGGGGAAAGGUGCGAGGGUCAGUCGUAGUGGUGGUGACAGUGACGGCGGAAGUAGCGGUACUGCGGGUAACAAGAAAGAUUCGAAAACCAUCAUAACUGCACAACCUACUAUCAUGGAAGCCCCAACUGCUUCACCAUCACAACGACCCACAGCUAUGAACGAACAUGUCUUCGUUCUUGAUAACGUUAUGCUCUUUUACAUCCCCAGUGACGGAGCUGUUCGUUUGCCUACAACUCUUGAAAAUGCGGAACUUCUGGAAUUGACAAGCUCGUACAUUGACUUUUGUUUCAAGAACGAGUACCCGGAUACGUCACUCACAGAUCUCCGUGAAGUCAUUACUGAUUUUGCCGGCAUUAACUUCAUCUACGAAGGAGAAGCCAUCGAGAAACAGUUUCAGCCAAAGGUGGUCUUCGCCAAUUCCCAAGAAGUUCCAACACGUCAACAAUUACAAAAUACCCUACACCUCAUCUUCGAUGAUGACCACAUUGAAUACUAUAUGGAGUGGUUAAGAGGCCCAUACCCGCCACCUCCGGAUACCGCCAUUGGCGAGCUUGGUAGCGGAAACAUCUUCAAGGGUGCACACGUCUACAACGAGCGCCCAAUCAUCAUGGGGCAGUCUGCUGGUUCUACCGAUAGUAACUUCACCAUGGUCAUGGUUGCAGCUGCUGCCACUGGAUUCACCCUCUUUGUUGCUGGCGUUGUGAUUUCAAACCGAACAAGGGACAGAAAUGGACCAACCAUGGAAGUUAAGGACUUGGAAAAGCAAGCAGGCGACGGUACUGUCACUGGAGAGACCAUGACAAUCGGCUCUGGGCAGACAAAUGAAGUCAGUCCUCUCUCAAACUAUAUGAGUAGAGGUGUAGAACACUAUAACCACGAGCACCGCACACCUGCGCAGAACGACAGUCUCCUUCUUCCCUCCUUUGGGGCAGACCGAAUGACUAUUGAUGAAGAAUCAAUGGAGGACGUCUCAAUCUCAACUGAUGUAUCUUCGCGCAAGGAUGAAGGGGAGGAAACAGCACCGGAAGCUUGGAGUCAAGACAAGGCUGAAAUGAUCGACGAAGAGAUGAAUUUGGAAGACGACGGUUCCGAAAUCAGUCACGAGGUAAUCAAUUUGGAGGAGGUUGAAGACCAACUCACUGCGCCAGAAAUAGCAGCUCCCAAAAACACUGCUGACGAAACUGAACUACAAGAACGGGCACAUGUCGACAAACAAGCAGUAUCGGACUGGAGAAGACACCGAGGUUCAGAAGCUGAAGUGAUCGAGCUUCUUGAUGUUGAAUCGUUUGAUAGUCUGGAAGACCCCUAUUCCGAAGGUUCUUCGUCAAGCCAAACCAGUGAAUCGAUUCAACGCCCAAAGAGUUUACGUGAACUUACAGCAAUGCUGUCUUCGCGGCUGCCAAGCGAGAGAGAUAUGGCCUCCAAGCAGCACCACCAGACAGACCCUGUCAUUAAUGAAGAUUCAGAAAAGCCAAAAUCCGUAAGAGAGAUGUCAAAGCUAUUCUCACGUGGAUCGAUGUAA